CGCUCCCGCCCUUCUCCCCGCCCCAAGCCCUCUCCUGCCUCAGCCGUGCAACUCCGCAGUGCAGAUGCCCGCUGGCCGCCCGCGCUUGGCAGUUCCAGCUCCUGCGGGGACUUGCAGGUCCCCUCGACCCCCGAGCGCUGGCCACAUUGUCGUUGUUCCCAAGCGGCCCUCAACUGAGCGGACUCUCAGAGGCCCCCCGGGAAGCCUCUACACCAGUGGGACAGGGGGUAUCUAGGCGGACGGUGGCUGCACCGGAGCCCGGGCGCUCCCGGAUGCGGCAGGAGAAACUAACCGGCUCCUUGAGGCGCGGCGGGAGAUGCCUGAAGCGGCAGGGUGGCGGCGGCGGCGGCGGCAGCGGCGGCAGCGGUGGCGGCGUGGGCACCAUCCUGAGCAACGUGCUCAAGAAGCGCAGCUGCAUUUCCCGGACCGCUCCCCGGCUGCUCUGCACUCUGGAGCCGGGAGUUGACACAAAGUUGAAGUUCACUCUUGAGCCAUCUUUAGGUCAAAAUGGUUUUCAGCAGUGGUACGAUGCUCUCAAGGCGGUUGCCAGACUAUCAACAGGAAUCCCAAAGGAAUGGAGGAGGAAGGUUUGGUUGACCUUGGCAGAUCAUUAUUUGCAUAGUAUAGCCAUUGAUUGGGACAAAACGAUGCGCUUCACUUUCAACGAAAGGAGUAAUCCUGAUGAUGACUCAAUGGGAAUUCAGAUAGUCAAGGACCUUCACCGCACAGGGUGCAGCUCUUACUGUGGCCAGGAGGCGGAGCAGGACAGGGUUGUGCUGAAGCGGGUCCUGUUGGCCUAUGCACGAUGGAACAAGAACGUUGGGUACUGCCAAGGCUUUAACAUCCUGGCUGCACUGAUUCUGGAAGUGGUGGAGGGCAACGAAGGGGAUGCUCUGAAAAUUAUGAUUUACCUUAUCGAUAAGGUACUCCCUGAAAGCUAUUUUGUCAAUAAUCUCUGGGCAUUGUCUGUGGAUAUGGCGGUCUUCAGAGACCUCUUGAGACUGAAGCUCCCUGAAUUAUCUCAGCACCUGGAUACUCUUCAGAGAACUGCAAACAAGGAGAGUGGAGGUGGAUAUGAGCCCCCGCUUACGAAUGUCUUCACGAUGCAGUGGUUUCUGACCCUCUUUGCUACGUGCCUCCCCAACCACACUGUUUUAAAGAUCUGGGACUCCAUCUUUUUUGAAGGCUCAGAAAUCAUCCUAAGAGUAUCGCUGGCUAUCUGGGCAAAAUUGGGAGAGCAGAUAGAAUGUUGUGAAACAGCAGAUGAAUUCUACAGCACCAUGGGGCGCCUUACCCAGGAGAUGCUAGAGAAUGAUCUUCUGGAAAGCCAUGAACUCAUGCAGACUGUUUAUUCGAUGGCUCCAUUCCCUUUCCCACAGUUGGCAGAGUUGAGGGAAAAAUACACCUACAACAUUACACCAUUCCCAGCUACAGUUAAACCCACCUCCAUUUCUGGACGACAUGGGAAGGUCAGAGACAGUGAUGAAGAGAAUGACCCAGAUGAUGAAGAUGCUAUUGCUAAUGCUGUGGGGUGUCUUGGACCUUUCAGUGGGCUCCUGGCACCUGAACUUCAGAAGUACCAAAAGCAAGUUAAAGAACCAAAUGAAGAGCAGAGUCUGAGAUCUAAUAACAUUGCGGAGCUGAGCCCAGGAGCAAUUAAUUCCUGUCGAAGCGAAUACCACGCAGCCUUUAACAGUAUGAUGAUGGAGCGCAUGACCACAGACAUCAGUGCGCUGAAGCGGCAGUAUUCUCGGAUUAAAAAGAAGCAGCAGCAGCAGGUGCAUCAGGUGUACAUCAGAGCAGGCUUCGAAGAAGAAGAAGACCAUGGGUUCUUUUUAGGUCCCAAGGACCAGGCAAUGGAUGACAAAGGACCAGUGACCAGCAUUCUCCCGUCUCAGGUAAACAACUCUCCAGUUAUAAACCACCUUCUUUUAGGGAAGAAGAUGAAAAUGUCAAACAGAGCCGCCAGGAAUGCUGUCAUUCACAUCCCUGGUCACUCAGGAGGCAAACUGUCUCCUAUCCCCUACGAAGACCUUAGGUCGAAGCUGAACUCUCCAUGGCGAACUCACAUCCGAGUCCACAAGAAGAACAUGACAAGGACCAAGAGUCAGCCAGGCUGCGGGGACACCGUUGGGCUGAUAGAAGAACAGAAUGAGGGCUGCAAGGCUAACCGCCUGGGGGCAGCAGAGGCGUUUUCUUCCAGUUGUGCAGUGACCGCAGGAAGAGGAGGUGGCGGCGCAGAAGUCAGCACAGCAAGGACUGUCGAAGGGCAGUCUCCGGAGCCGGUGUUUGGAGACACUGAUGUGUCUGCGGUCCAGGUGAAAUUAGGAGCCUUGGAACUGAACCCAGGGGCUGCUGCUGCUGCUGCCACCGCCGCCGAGCCCCAGGGACACCCGCCCUGCCUGCAGCACUUCCCGGAGCAGCCUGAUAUCCCUGGAGAAAACAAAGCCACCAGCAGAGCUCCACAAGGCAGCCACCCGAAGACUCCCAUCUUCAACCCCUUCCCCAGCGUCAAGCCGCUGCGGAAGUCAGCCACUGCCAGGAGUUUGGGGUUGUAUGGUCCCACAGAACGAACCCCAACCCUGCACUUCCCUCACAUGAGCCGGAGCUUCAGCAAACCCGGUGGCGGAAACAGCAGCACUAAGAAACGAUGAUUCCCAGAAAUGCUUUAUUGAGAUUCAGCUUUUCACGGUGGUACGAGGGUUUCAGGUACAUGGCUGCAGGAGGUUUUCAGUUGUCCAGUGAAAACGAAUAGUUAGCUUCAGAGAUGAACCGCAUUCAUACAAACGGGAAUUGGAAGUUUUAUCAUGGGAGUAGAGUAGGGAAUUUUCCUAUCCACUGGUAACUGAUAUGGUGGAUUCUUGUGGCAAAAUAAAUAUUGUGGUUUUAAAAUGUGAAGUUUUUCCAAUUUUUCAUCGUCAACUGUUUAGAAAAGACUUGUGUAUCUAGACUGUUAACCCUUCUUCCUUCUUCCUGUUUCGAGGGCCUUCGGGGUCCCCAAAACUUCCAGUCUUUUGGGUGUUAUCACACUCAAGCAUGCACCACUACUUUGCUAGACAGAAACUGUGAAAAGAAAGUAAGUAGUUAGUUGCAAAAAAACUUCCCAAUUUUCCUCUCCAUGCCCUGUUGGGGGGAUGUUUGUAUGUGUGUUUUCCUUCAGUCGUUUCUUCUAGCCAGUCUCAAAUUAUUUUUUAUCCUUAUGCUAAAGUGCAGGAGAAAAAUCUAGAUAGCCUUUCCCUCACUUUCUAUUUCUACGUGCAAAAGGAAGAAAACCUCUUUCCCUGGAAAUGUAGGUGUGAUCACUGACUUGAAGAUCUUAUGCAGAGAACACAAAUGGGGUAUGCACUUAGCAGCUGCUCGAAACAGCUUCCUCAUUCCACUGAGCUUUCCCCAAGGUUCAUUUUUUCCUCUUAAUGGCGUGUGGGGCCCCAGUGGGGGAUAACGUGAUGGGCUCCAUGCGCAGCUUGUCCCGUCUCCUCUGCUGUGCAGCUCGUUUACCGCCCAGCUCACCACUGCAGACGCAGCCAGGCCUCUGCUCAAAAGCCGUGACAUACCCCCUGCAACUCUGUUACUUGAAUUUUGUGCUUUUUUUUGGAUUGGAAUACUUUGAAUACCUUGUUACUUGAACACUGCCUUUCUCUGGAGAAGGCCCCACUGCUUUCUAGCUCUCUUUCACCCAAUCCUCCCCACGUCCCAGCAGGUCAGAGACAGACCUGUUAUGGCCACUAUGCAGAAGGGAACUGAGCCUCAGAGAGGUGAAGUUGCACUUCAGAUACUCAAGGUAAAUACUGCCAGUAUUCAGCACGACUCAGCCACAUUUCCUCCAGGGCAAUAGGCGGGGUUAAUGCUCUUUGUACACAGGUGCAUUGGCUACAUAGGUUCUGCCAAGCAAGACCAGGGAACUGUUCACUGCACUCCCUCCUGACUAGAGGGAACUUUCUCCACAUCCUGACAGUCCUGUGACCGUGUUUCCCAAAGCCAGCUUGACCCCUUUUACCCCAACAGAUAGUUCAUUUU